UUGGGAGAAUCCAGGUGGUUCCGUCCACUUGAGUCCCUGCUGAGGAGGGCUGGGAGGCAGUAUAAAGCUGCCUGCUGGAGGGUGUUCCUCACACAACUUCUGCCAGCAAGAUGAAGUGCCUCCUGGUCCUCCUCUCCCUCGCUGUCCUUGCAUGGUCGCAAGGGGAAAAUGAAUGUGACUGUGAAGUCGUCUUAAAGUUUCCCAAUGAGACCAUCAGCGUUGACGACCUGCCAGUCAACGGUGCCACCGACUGUGACGACCACAGUGGCUGCAUGAAAACUUGCCGCGAUGAGUGGGAUUCAGUCUCAAACGGGGGAGACCUAAACUACAUUCAGAGCAACGGUAAAACUGUGGGCCAGAACCUCUGUGAUAGUCUGGCUUUAGAGGGACAAACCAAUUUGGAACCAACAAAGCUGCAUCUGGACUACAGUCUGUGCAACGGAGAGUGGCACGAAGAGGGAACAGCUUCCCACGACACCUUGUGCUGUGUUGAUGGUGUUUAUCCUGGUUCAUGUUAACGUAACCAGCCUCUUGACACGCCUAGUAUCUUGACACCAGAAGCCGCAUUGACACCACCACACUCCUAACUUGCUAGUAUUUAUCUCCAGCGGCAGUUGAAGCCCCAGAGUGUACCCACAGAAGUUUCGUGGUUCGUUGGCUCCAGGUUCUGCUAGAAAUUGAAAUGCAGGUGUUCCAGGUGCUGCAAGAAACUCUUGGCGUGUGUUCUCGCUCGACGAACAUUCUUAACAACUAAAAUAACUAUUCAUUAUCAUCCAGAGAAUUCAAGUUUUAAUAUUUAAAUGUCAAUAAAAGGGGGAUAGCCAACUGUGA